CAGUUCGUGAAUUAAGUUCAAAGUAAGUGGACGUUUAGAAUUUGGAAGUUUUCAGUUACAUCUUAUCAGACUAUUAGAAGUUUCCUAAUCAUGAAAAAGAGGAAGAAUAUUUUAUUGCUUAUGAUUGUUGCAAUAGUUUUACAUGAAACAAAAUGUCAACAAGAUUCUGAAGAUGCGAGUUACGAAGACAUUGGUGAACCAUUCGUACAACAAAAUUGUAACGACAAACUUUUGAAGGGAAUCAACGAAUUGACCGACCUUGUUCGAGCAAUUCAAAAGGAGUUUGUUUAUCAGAACGCGGAAAUCAAACACGUGCAGAGUUUAAUUGAGAACUGUGGUGCAUGUCAAACACCCUACGACAAAAACACUUGUCGUUAUGCAAAUCCCUGCUUUGAAGGUGUUGAAUGUCACGACACUUCAUCGGGAAUGGUUUGUGGCAAAUGUCCGCGAGGCUUUGUUGGUGACGGUAAAAGUUGUCGACGAGUGGAAAUGUGUGAAGAUCGUCCUUGCUAUCAAGACGUAGAUUGCAGAGACACUGAAGAAGGAGCUGUGUGCGGCCCUUGCCCUCCUGGUUACACGGGCAAUGGAAGACAUUGUGAAGUUCUGCGAAACAUUUGUGAAGAUCAUCCAUGUGAAUUUGGUUUUGAAUGCAUUCAACUCAAUGAAGCGCCAUACUUUGCAUGUCGUGAGUGUCCACAAGGAUCAAUAAGUCUUGAUGGAUUCUAUUGCACUGAUAUCGAUGAAUGUAAAGAUGUUCAACCUUGUGAUCCCAAAGCUCGCUGUACAAAUUUAUCGCCUGGUUUUCGAUGUGAUCCUUGCCCUGCUGGUUAUGAUGGAAGACAUUCGCUAGGAAUUUUCAUGGAAAGAAUCGACGCUUCGUUCCAAGCGCAAUAUUGCGAUGAUAUUAACGAGUGUCAAGAACAACGUGCGUUAUGUGGAGCUAACAUGGAGUGCAUCAACACUCCUGGUUCAUAUGCAUGCCAAUGCAAGCCAGGUUUCACUCUAUCAAAUAACACAAAUGAUUGCGUCCUUAUGCCUGGUUACUGCCUCGAUGGUCUCACAGUCUGCGAUAAAAAUGCAAUGUGUCGUCAGAUCGGAGCAAGACGUUUCGACUGUAAAUGCAAAGUUGGAUAUGCUGGCGAUGGUUACCGUUGUGCACCUGAUCGUGAUUUAGAUGGAUGGCCUGAUUAUGGUUUAAGAUGUUCCAAUCCGUUCUGUAGUCAAGAUAAUUGUCCAUCUAUUCCGAAUUCAGGUCAAGAAGACACUGAUGGAGAUGGAAUUGGAGAUGUCUGUGAUCCCGACAUUGACAACGAUGGAAUCUUAAACAAAGCUGAUAAUUGUGUUUACAUCUAUAAUCCCGAUCAAGCUGACACAGAUGAUGUUGAACGUGAUAAAGUUGGCGAUGCAUGCGACAAUUGUGUUCGUGUUUUCAAUGGUGAUCAGAUUGACACUGACAAUGAUGGUUUAGGUGACGCAUGUGAUCCAGAUAUUGACAAUGAUGGAAUUUACAACGAAGACGACAAUUGUCCUUAUGUUGCUAAUCAAGAUCAAAUGGAUACUGAUUUCGAUAGGAUUGGUGAUGUAUGUGAUAAUUGCGACUUGACUCCAAACAUGAAUCAAAGAGACAGUGACGAUGAUUUGGUUGGUGACUCAUGUGACAAUGACAUCGACACAGAUGAUGAUGGAAUCCAAGACAAUCGAGAUAAUUGUGUUUACGUUCCUAAUGCAGAUCAAACUGACACUGAUGGUGAUGGCAUGGGAGAUGCUUGCGACGAUGACAUUGACAAUGAUAUGAUUCUGAAUGAUGUCGAUAAUUGCGUCUUUACUCCAAAUUAUGAUCAAAUCGACACCAAUGGCGAUGGUAAUGGCGAUGCAUGCGGAGAUGAUUUUGAUGGCGAUAGUGUCAAGAAUUUCGAUGAUGUUUGUCCGUACAACAAUAAAAUUAUUUCAACAGAUUUUAGGAAGUUUCAAAGAGUAAGACUCGACCCUGUCGGUGACAAUCAAAAAGACCCAAAGUGGGUGAUCUACAACAAAGGCGCUGAAAUGGUGCAAACUCUUAACUCAGAUCCUGGUCUUGCAAUUGGUUAUGAUUCAUUCACAAAUGUUGACUUUGAGGGAACUCUUUUCGUUGACACUGAAAUCGAUGAUGAUUACAUUGGAUUUAUCUUCAGUUAUCAAAGCAAUCGAAGAUUUUAUGCCGUUACAUGGAAGAGAAAUGCUCAAGAGUAUUGGGAUAAGACGCCUUUCGUUGCUUAUGCCGAGCCUGGUAUUCAAAUCAAACUUGUUAACAGCAACACUGGCCCUGGAGAAUUUUUAAGAAACAGUUUAUGGCACACUGGAACCACUUCGAACGAGGUGAAACUUUUAUGGAAAGACCCGAGAAAUGUCGGGUGGAAAGAGAAGACGGCUUAUCGUUGGCAUUUGAUUCAUCGACCAAAAAUUGGACUUAUCAACAUGAAGAUUUUUAAUGGAAAACGUUUAGUUGCUGAUUCAGGAAACGUUUACGAUUCAACACUCAAAGGGGGUCGAUUGGGAAUGUACGCAUUCUCACAAGAAAUGAUCAUUUGGUCGAAUUUAGUUUACCGGUGUAAUGACAAUGUUCCUGCAAAAAUCUUCUCAAAGUUGCCUCCAAAUUUGCAACGCGAAUGUCAAAUCGAAUCAUACUUGAAACGAGCAAGAGAAUUUUAAGUUUAAUGACAGCUCAGUGACGAGAUCAACUAAGUAAUCUUGGGUUGAUGAUGAUGAACGAGACAUAUUAGUGUCAAUAAAAUUCUUCCCACUUUUAUUUGGCAAACAAUGAAAUCUA